AUGUACCGCUCUCUGCGCUGCAGCGCCAUCGCUCCUCCAGGUAUCAACCCAUCCCAUCUUGUUGUCACUUUGCGUCGAUGUCGCAGCCUCCCUUUUGCUCUUGCGCAUGUUGAUCAUCCAAGCGCUCUUACCCCGCUCGAUCUUGCCGGAUCACACAGAGAUGGCUGCACGUAUAUAAUAGAGGCAGCUGCUCGUUUGUGUCCAUUUGUAUUUCUUCACUUUCUCCUCUCGUCAAAUCAACCAUUCAAGUUCUUCCAUACUCCCGCUUUUUGCCCACUUGAACAAAGCACAGUCAACGACUCUCGAACACCCCCAAACAGUGAGUAUACCCUUGCCAUUGCAUCUGCGAUUCUUCCUAACAGCACUAGCUACCCAGAAACCCCCCCCACACAAACCACCAAUAUGCCUGUCCGCGUCCCCAGACUUCCUGCUGCCAAGCCCUCAGAGAUCUUCUGUAUGGGUGCGGCCGGUGUUGGCGUCCUAACUCCUCUAUAUCUUGUCAUGCCUGGUGCUGAGGAGCGUCUUUCCAAUCAGACAAACAAGUGGGCCCCACGAUGGGAGCGCAACCUCAGCUAUUUCAUCCCUCCCAUGGAGAAGGGCGUGCAGCGUAUCGAGCCUCCUGUGGCAAAGAUGAUUCAACGUGUCGAGGAUCGUCUUCCCCUUGAGAAGAUGGCAAAGUCUGUCGAUAAGGGCAUCCGAAGCGGCAUCGCUCGAUUCAACGGCGAGAACAAGCCCUAA